AUGCUGAUCCUGGCCAUUUCCAAAGCAUUGGAACUGGAAUUAGUUGCUGGGUUGGGCCACCGCGAACAUCCAUCACAGGGAGACCUGGCCGUCAGAGCGGGCAGCCUUCGGUCCCAGGAGGAGCCUGCGAUUCGUCAUCGGCCUUUCCAGUUGGUGCCACCCAUGAGCAUCCAGGACAGCAAGGAGCUCAACAAGACCUGCUGCCUGAACGGGGGGACCUGCAUGCUGGGGUCCUUCUGUGCCUGCCCCCCCUCCUUCUAUGGACGGAACUGUGAGCACAAUAAGCGCAAAGAGAACUGUGGGUCUGUGCCCCACGACACCUGGCUGCCCCGGAAGUGCUCCUUGUGCAAAUGCCAGCACGGCCAGCUGCGCUGCUUCCCGCAGACAUUCCUGCCGGGGUGUGAUGGCCACGUGAUGGAUGAGCACCUCGCGGCUGCCAGCGCCCCAGAACUGACGCCAUCCGCAGGCACCGCUCUCAUGCUGGCUGGCACCUGCCUCGCUUUGCAAAGUUCAUGUUAGUUGACCUUUGUGUGCAACAUUUGUCAUGCGGACUUCACGACCUGUCAAGGCGGUCCCUCCAACGUCCCGGGAGCCGAUUAUUUGUUAGUUGCCUUGAAGUAGUGACUAGAUUUCCAUCAUGGUCCCUGACAUUCCUUACGGAACAGGAAUACUUCCAAUAUUGCAGGUGGUGCCAGGCCACUGCAGUGAAGCGAAUAUCUCAAUAAAGCGAGUCACACACAUGUUUUGGUCCCCAGUGCACAGAGUUAUGUUUACACUGUGCUGUAGUGUAUUGCGUGUGCAAUGGCGUUAUGUCUAAAACAAUGUACAGACCUUAAUUUAAAAUAUUUUGUUUCUGAAAAUUGUUUGCCAUCAUUUGAACCUUCCGUGAGUUGUCAUCUUAGCAGAUGAGGGGUAUUGCCUUCAAUUUGUAAAAACAAAAAAACAACAAAAACACAAUAUCUGUGAAGCACAAUAAAAGAGA